ACCAUCUUCGGUUUAUCUGCACCGGUGGGCUGCAGCAAAGGCAGCGGUGAGGACGGCACCGCGGAGACGUGGAUGUUGAUGGGGAAGGAAGAGCCCAACGCGUGCGUCAGCUACCGUAUCCAGCCUCUGGCUGGGCAUGAAAGACUUUCCAGGUUGGAAGCAGCGACAAACCCGACCACCAGUGACUCCUACAGCGAUCGUGCCUCCAGCCGCUCCAGUGCCUACACCCGGAGGGAGAACCGGUUAGCCGCCCUCAGCAGCCGAGCAGAAGAGGAGACUAGCAGGGACUACAAAAAACUCUAUGAAAGCGCCCUGUCUGAGAAUCAAAAGCUUAAGUCAAAACUGCAAGAAGCCCAGCUUGAAUUGGCCGACGUCAAAUCAAGGUUGGAAAAAGCAGCCCAGCAGAAACAGGAGAAAACUUCUGACCGGUCCAGCAUGCUGGAGAUGGAGAAAAGGGAGAAGCGAGCCCUGGAGCGGAAACUCUCUGAAAUGGAAGAGGAGAUGAAGAUUUUGACAGAGCUGAAGUCGGACAACCAAAGGCUGAAGGACGAGAACGGAGCCCUCAUUCGUGUCAUCAGCAAGCUCUCCAAAUAG